CAUCCUAUAUAUAUAUAUAUACUUUAUAUAUUCCCUUGAAUAUUCAUGAUGAUGUGAAGAGCUCACACAUCAACAUGUUAUCCUCAUUAAGUUAAUCUGAUUACCUCACUGUAAUUAAGAUGGAGAAUAAUAUUGACAAACUUGAUAUAAAAAAAAAAAUUCCAACCGACAUUAAAUAACAAGGAUCUUUGAACAAGGCCCGUCCCCAUCUGACUGUACCACAGAAUCUGAUGUUCUCCCCGGUGAGCGCGCAGCGCGUUCCCACAGUCAUCCGCAUGAACGAGCCUGCAUCCAUCGUUCGUGAUACUCGCCUCUUCUCUCUCCUGCUUGUGCCAAAACAUAAACAAGGACAACAACACUCGGGGACAAGAUGUCAGGAAUGAACCAGGUGGUUGCUACAUUCUGGACGUUUCUUCUGCUCGCUGCGUUCCUGUGUGAGCCCGCUCUGUCCAAGGGCGGUCGUGGGGGGUCCCGGGGCUCCUCCCGAGGCUCCCACUCCCGCAGCUCCACAGCGGGGAGUCACCGGGCAGGAGGCGCCUACGGUGGGAACCGCUCUCGCUUCAGGGUGGGGGGGCGAACCUCUCCGGUGAGGGUGGCAAGUGCGGCCGCAGCAGGGGCUGCCGUGGCUUUGAGUGCAGACAAAUGGUACGCCUCUGCCUACCGCCGCAGCAACGCCGACAUCUCAGAUGAUGACCUGGAUUUCUUCAACAGGACCAAUAACUUUUAUGCACAAAUGUCAGGCACCACUCAAAAUGGAUCUUCACUCUCUCAGCUGGUUUCUAUCAUUAUAGCAACGUUUUCCCCCAAAUAUGGGCUGUUACUGGACAGUAUACUGUAGAUGUUCACGUGUUUUUUUUUAAAGAUAACUUCCUGAUUUGGUUUAGGACUGAGCCUCUGUUCUGGAUCUGACUAUAAUGUGCAGGACUGACUGGAACCUGCGCUGGGAAGACCAGUGAGAGUCGUAACCCAGUGCUGAAAGGACAACAUGAUCCCGAAAGAAAAAAAUAAACAUCUUUGUACUGUAUGUUUCUAAGCAUAUGAUCCUCUAUACCAAUGGACAGAUGUACAUAACCAGCACGGUAUUAUUCAUUGUGACAUUUCACCAGUCAAACAGUGCACUUUGGUCAAAUGUAUUGAGUCUGUGAGUGAGAUUAGGGUCAAACUUAAAAAUAAUUAUCUACAAAAUCUUGAUCCCUGUAUCGAAUUAAAGAAAAGUUGUUCACUAGAAUACUGGUCACCAGUUUUAACUGUACUGCCAAACAUAUCUAAAACAAAAUCUUUAUUUUCUUAAACUAAAUAAAGAAAAUGCAAAGUGAGUGACCACGAUCGCUGCUGUGCAAAACUGAGGUAAAUUAUUUUCAUGUAUUAGCAGAUUUGGGUAGAAAAAUAGGACGUGCAGCAGUUUGUGUAAAACACUAAAGUAUUUAGUAAUUCCUCAAACUUUUUCACCAGCAUUAAAACUGGACCUUUUGUUUUUAGAGUGGAAAAUUUGUAUAUUUCUCAAUUUGGCAGUUCAACCAGCAAAAUGUUAUUUUACUGCAUCUCUUCUGCAAAAUCUCUCUUAGCAAUCGGAAUGAUUUGCAGUAGUGGUCACUAAUGCGGCUGUAAAGACCAUUCUCCACAAUAACAUAGAGUACUGUAUACAGGGAAAGCUAAACAGCCUUUUGCUUCAAUCACCUCAAAUCAUUUUGCGAUUCACACCCUUUUAUACUGCAUCACUGAAAUCAUUCCUCAGACCUGUGUGUGAACCACGUCGUGGUCGGAGAAACAAUCGAGAACAAACUGCUGCUCUCACUGUUACGUCUCUGGACGUUUUUCAGAGCCUGGCCAUCAUCCAAGAAGAGCUUUUUACAACAGACUGUUCCGUAUCUAUAAGUGCACUAUAUUAUAUGCUACUACACUUAUGUACAUAGUAAAAAAGAAUUUGUUAUCACUGUCUUUAUGCUAAUAAAUAUCCAGUUUA